UUUUAUUUAGUGUUUGAAAACUCAUUUGUAGUAAUAUACUACAUUCAACGGCAAGCACACAUUAGAUUGCUGAGAUUUAUUGGAAAUAAUGUGAGCUGCAGGAAAAGGAUUGAAGCUGGAAAUUUAAGACAACAAAUGAGACGUGAAAGGUGGCUCCGCACUCAGUACAACCUUGUCUCAGAUGAUGGUCCAUUUGUUGACGAGAGAAACAGAAGUUCAUUGACAACAUGACUUAUGCUACGAAGCCACCUCGGACAUACAGUUCACACAGACCAAUCUCAAUUUGACGAGGUUGAAAAAAUGAGUAAAGAUACAAGAAAAGGAGUGGACUCAGAAGUGGUUCCAGUUACAUCUGACAGCAACAUGGAACUCAAACACAUCUCAAACAGCAGGCCACGAAGACAUCAUGGUUCCACAGAACCCACUAUGCAAAGUUUGGAUGCUCUGGGUACGGAACAAGCUUGGAAUUCAGUCCAACAACAGGCAGGAAACAGCGGAACACAUACUUUAGAUCAUUUUAAGCAAACACCUGAUGCAGAAGCCUAUCAUCAAAUGCAUUUCCCAUGUCCUGAUCUAUUGAUGGACAUGCACCGUUUAGCAGAAGGCGGGGACAAAGGAUCACACGCAGCUAUUCGUUUUGAGAGUGCAAAGAGCAAGAAUGACAGUACAGACACAAUCCUACAAAGAAAACAUGAAGUUCCAUCAUUUGAGAAGCCCCUACCGGAUGUCUCUCCUUUUUCUAGUUCAGAGUCACAAUCCUCAUCAAGAUGUAUAAACACAAAAUUGUGCGAUUUCAAAUCUACAAAUGACAAAUUAUUCUCUGGGUACCAAGAAAUCAAGGGGAAACUACUUUGUGGGUCCUCUGAGUCAAGUGGAAUCACAGCAAACUUUAAUCUUGUUAAUUCAGAUUCAAAAGGAUCAUUUCCGGAUGCCAAAAACAGAGAGAUUUCAGAUUACAGUUUCCCCAAGGGGAAAACACACCGAAAUAAAUAUUUGAUUCCCGAAAGAUGCAACGAUUCAAAAGCUGAGGAGGAAAGUGAGUUACUGUUGUCUUUGGAGGCCAGAGAGAUGACAGAAGUCGAUGCAGAGAUGUCCUCCACCAUAAGGAUUGAAGAGAUGGAGUCUGACCAGGAGAAGACUUGUGAAUCACCUGGAAAGGCUUCAUACAAACAUAGCUUUACCAUGCAGGAUCUUUUCUCUGAGGUCCAGGAAAUAGUAGAAAGGAAUGACAUUAUAAAUAGGACAACACGCAUGGAUUUAAACUGGUACCUACAGUCUUCACCGAGUGAAGCAGAGAUAAGACUGGUCAGAGCGGUCCAAAAAGUGUUGGUAUGUCGAUAUCUGCCAGCACAGCUGAAUGUUACUGCUAUGGCUGAACAAAUGAAUGAAGCAGAAGAUUAUAAGAAUUGUGUCCUGGAACAAGUUGCCUUGAUGAAAAGUACCAGUUUGUCUCAACUUUGUGGUCCAAACGUCUUGAAAAGACUAGAAGCCCAGUGGAGUAAAGCAGUGUUGGAUGCCUCAGCCACAGUGCAAGUCAAAACAGCCCAGAUGGGUGAAGUCAUUCAGUAUCAUAAACUGUUGGGAAAAAUCAAAGCGCUCCUGGAGGAAGUGGAUGGUCAGAAGAAAACAAUUAACUUACAUCCCUUGGAAAGCAGUGCACAGCAAGCUGAACAGCUCCAAGCCCUGCUGCAAAGGUUAAAUCGAAGCGAAGAAAUGUGGGAAGAGCUCCUUGCCUUGAGUAGCCAAUUGGCUGUCCACUUGAGUGAUGCGGAAAGCUCAGGUGUUCUACUCGCUCAGCUUGGAGAUGUCCAAGAUGCAUGGAGACUUUUGAGUGGUCAUAUUAAGAGAGCCCUGUGGCAGUCAGCUAACUCUACCUGUCAGUCAUCUGUCCUUAUGAAAGAGGUUCGACGUCUUAAAGACAAGAUUGCAGGUGUCCAGGAAUCUAUUAAUUCCUACGGGGAAUGUCAUGACACCAAAAGCAUUUUAGAACUUUUUUGUUUGAGCGAAGACCUAAAAAUGUGUUACCAAAUAUAUGGGCAUCUGCAGUCUUUCUCAGAUGCUCUUUUCCAGUGUUCUAUUGGCCAGAAAGAGAAGAAAAGCAUUGAACUUCACCUUGAAGAAUUGAGGACUUUACUGCAAACUGCCCAGAUCAGACCCUCCGUAUGUGGUGAUAAUCCUCAUAAGCAGUUCAAAGAAUGGAUCACAUGGGCAAAACAGAUGGAAUACCGCAUUACCAUGGGCCAAAAAUUGUCGCUUUUCCCAGAAGAAGCUCGUAUUCAGAUUGUUGAGAUGAAGAAGUACCAGACAGAUAGCUUGAGCAGAAGGUCAAAGAUGAAACUAGAGGAAAUGAGAGAGGACAUGUCAGACAUGAACAAUGAGGACUAUCGCCAAGGGUUGAAAGUUGUAGAAGACCUGUAUCAAACUAUGACUGAAAACUUGGAUAAUGUUAUAGACAGAAUGAAAAAGAAUCUUCAGGAGAGGGAGACACUAUUAGACCACAUUGAUAGUAUUGAUGUAUGGCUUGUAGAAACUAAAGCGAACAAGGACCCCAGUGCUUAUGUUGAGAAUGUUUCAAGAGUUGACAUCAGCUCACUUGAGAACAAGCUAAAACGUCAUCAAGAAGUCGCUGAUGAAAUUGAAAGACAUCUAGCUCUGGUAGAGUCUUUGGAGACAAAGUUCAAGGAAGUCUCAGAAAGCCUGAGCCCUGUAGAGAGCUGUUACAUUGUCAACAGACUCUCAGGCAUCUGGACAGAAUUCGAUGGGUUGCUGGCGCAAGAGAGUGCAACAAGCUGGCAUUUGGCGGAGAUGAUUCACGAGCGUACCUCGUCUGGUGAGGAGCUUGCUACCAUCAAGGAUAGUCUAAAGAACAUAUACAUUUCUUUGGACCAGCUUCAUUUUCCGAUGACACAGGAAGCAAUUUUGACAAUUGCGCAUCUGGAGCAGAUGCUAAUGGAACAUCAGUGUCAAGUACAAGAGAUUCAACACAGUGAUGAGGUAGAGCGGAGCUCUUUACUCUGCACCAUUGGGGAACUGCAAGAGAGGUGCAAAGUUCUUAGUUUUUUUGCUUUUGAGCAAGACAAAUAUCUGCAACUGAAAAAGCAGAUGGAGUAUUCAAUGGACACGUCUGAAGAGCAAAUCCAGCAUGCUAGAGAUAGAACAUUGAGUCUGGGUGAAAGGUUCAAACUUUUCCAGGCCCUCUUAGUGGACCUCCCGCUGAUGAAGACACAGUGUCAAGAAGCGGCGGACCAACUGGAGGUGAUUGCUCAGGAGCUGAACCCAACAGAGCUGGAUUUAGAAAGGCAGAACAUUCGCUAUACUGUGGACAAAUUUGUUACUUGGGAGCACACGGCCUCAGAUGAGAUCAAACAUUUGGAGGGCAAGCUUCUUCUGGGACUGCGCUUUUCCUCUGAGCUUCCUACAUUGAUGGCAUUUUUCCAAACAACUACCCAAGAAUUGCAGAGCACGGAACCAGUCAGUCCAGAUGAAAGAGCCAUAGAUGUUGCACUGCAAAGGCGUUGGGUGAUAUGGAAAAACAUGGAGUCUGGCAUGCGAAUGUUGCGAGCUCUAGCUUCGAAAGGGAAAAUUAACUUACAGAGCCACAGUGAUUUGCAUUCAUUUAGAGAGGCUGCCAUGCACGAAUGCCAUAUACAGAUGGAAUGUUUAUCCAAGACUCGAGAAUCCUUGAAAGAUUAUCAGUGGGCUGCCCAGGGGGCUAUUCACUUCCUUCACAAUGCUGAAAUGACAUUUUUGUCAGCUCCUGGUGGGUUUCUUGACUGUACGGAGGAACAAACUCAGACCCAACAGGCCAUUGAAGCUCUAGAAGAAGGAUUUGUUGCCCAUAUCCAGCAUCUUGUACAACUGGUGCCGCAACAAGCUUGUCUUUCCUGCUCAAAGACUCAAGAUCUUCACAUUGGCAUCCUCAGCCAGUUGCUAGUGGGACGAGCCAUAUUGGAGGCUCAGGCACAACUCAGACUUGAGUCCUUACAGAGAUGUGCACUUCGACAACAGAGUCACAGGGUUUGUCACAGUGACGUACAACUGCGUCUGACUGAGUUUGAAGCAAAACUUUCAGCAUGCGCAGCAGAAGAAGUGACAUCAUACAAUAAAUGUACUGCGCAACACAAACAAUCUAAGGACUUGAUGGAGGGUGUCUAUGAUCUUGCAAGGAAGACUGAAGAACUACGAGCAAGAUGCCCCAUGCAGGGAUGUGGUGUUGGAAAGGAUGGGGAACUUGGUGCCCUCUGGAGGCGAUGGGUAUCACUGCGUCGUGGUGUUGGUCUGUUGAUGGCACAAACAGAUCAAAGAGUAGAGGAAUGGAAGGACAUCACAACCAGUGUGGAGCAGUGCCGCAACUCCUUGGCCAUACUUCAGACUAAAGUUCCUGACUCCUUGACUGUAAUUUUGACACAAGACGAGCUCCAGAGGCUUGUUUCCCAGGCAGAGAUGCAGCAGGUCGGUCUGGAACAAGAACAGCAGACUUUAGCAUCCCUGGAACACUGUUUAGAGCAUGCGUUGGGUUGGACUACAUCCAAAGAUCCCAGCAGUCUGCCAGGGCCAUUUGGUGUAACACUUGUGAAGAUUCAAGAAAAUAUCAAAUGUUUGAAAGAAAGAAAUCUCCAUGUGAUAGCUGUUGCCCAUAUGGAGGAGAGGCAAAGACAUCAGUUUGAAGAGAGGAUAGGAGAGGUUGAGAAGAGCAUGAUCACUAUUCUUCCCAUGUUGGAUAACGACAUGAAUUCAUCGCAACACCAGGAGCUAACAAAAGAUUUGACCAACCAGCGGGUUGAGCUAAAGAGUAUCCUGGUAAGUCUGCAGGAGAAAUACACUGAUAUUCCACCUGAUUUUGGAAAGCGAAUACAAAAACUUGAAGAGUCUGUGGAGGAAGCUGAGAAGAAGCUGAUUAAACAGAGUGAGAUGAUUCGGAAAUUGGCUUGUCAAGUGACAGAGUUGAUUUCUGGCCUGGAGCAAGUUAAAAUAUCUUUGGGGCAAAAGAGCACUACUCUCCUUGAGGCCCAAUCUGCUCUCAAACAUGUGUGGGACAGGUUAGACUCUUGCCACAGUCGCUUGAUGCUCCUGGAGAAUGACGUGCAGGAUCUUGUAGAAGAAAAAUCCGACCAAGCUCACCUAUUCAUGGACCAACUGACACGUCCAAUGCAACUUUACCAAGAAGCUGUGCAGAUGGCCGAGCACCGCACUGCUUUCCUCAACAAGAUACCUGCCUUUCUUCAAGAGUUUGAAGACCUGCUUUCCAGUGCCAACUGUUGGUUUGAUGAAGCUCAGGCAUGGCUGAAUACUCCGUGCUCUUUCCCAACAUCAAAAGGCCUCCAUAGUCAUGCAAGGUCCCUGCAGCUGGUCCUCGAUGACUCAACAAGAAUUAGGAGCAUGCUGAAGGAUUUUAGGCCUGUGUUGGCUGAGAUUUCCACUGUAUGUGAUCUCAGUGCACAGGAGAUGAAGAUGGAGAUUACAGACCAACAGGUGGAAAAGAUGCAAAAGUGCAUUUGCGAGCUAAUGGAGCAACUUAAACAGGCUGUUGAGGUAGUGGACACCAUGGAAAAUGAGUUGCAGGCCUUUGAGGAGAAUAUCCCCAAAAUCAGAACUAUUUUAUCUUCUAUGAAUAACUCCAGCAUCACAACAUUAGAGCACCUUCAAAACCAAAAGGUGAUCUUGGACAAUGUCCACUCCAUGCAGAAUACAUUAGCAGACAUGGAGCACUACAAAGAAGAUUUAUCCCUCCCACAGGAAACAAAGGAGAGUCUUCUGGUGUUCUCCCGAAUAAAAGUUCUCCUACAGGUGCUGAACGAUUUGGAACAUCUCACCCGGCAACAAACCAUUCUUUUGGAGGAUAAGCGUGACAGGACCUGUGCUGAUGUGUCCCACUUGGAUGGAGAUAGAAGAUACUUGGUCCAGGAGGCUUUUGAAGAGUCUAAUUCGGAAGAUGGUCUAGAUGAAGAUGAGAGCUGUCACUCGUCCUCCUCUGACACACUAACAUGCAGUAUUCCUGAGGACCCAGAGGAUACGCUCGAUGCUUCAGAGGUGCAAAGUAAAAUGACUGAUAUGGAGGGACAGUCUGACGACAAGGUCUUGGAGACUGUGUCUGCCAAAGUCUCUGCCCAGACAGAUUCUGAAGUGGAAACAAGUUUAAAUAAUACUGAGUUAUCUGGUCUUCAUUCCAAGAUGUUAGAGCAAGAAAUUCCUCAAUGUGGAUUAAUAAAUCCAGAAACAAGACUGGAUGCGGAAACUGAUAGUAGUGAAGUACAUGGACUCAAAAUUAUGGCACCUGACUCUUUAAUAAUUGGCACUAUUUCUGGCAAUGAAGACUUUGCAUCAGUUGUGGCCUCAGAAAAAAAUUCUACACUUCAAAUUUCUGACAUGUGUCCCCCAAACACCAAUAUAAUGUUAAAUCAGCCUGCAGUGCAUCUCAUUAACUCUGUUACUCUAGUCACGGCCACAAGGCAAUCCACUGCUACAUAUUCAAGUCAAGUACAAAGUGGACUGACAAACAAUGAUUGCACGGAGGGAAAACAACAAAAUGACUACAGUCCCUCAGUGGUUUCUAGCAUAUUGGUGGGGCCCAGCAAAGAUUGCACGGACCAGCAACAGUGGAGCCAGCUUCACCUCAAAGUAUCUCAGAAGUUGGAGACGCUACAAAAUUUUCAACAGGAGCAUCAAAAUCUGAUUACUUAUGACAAGGUUGCAAAGGUUCCAGAAGGAGAAAUUGUGUCAACCGGGUCAGUUUCAGUUGUUCUCCAGCAUGCAAAUGAAUCCAUGACAAUGCUGAGUAAAAUAGUAAGUUCUCCAGAUGAUCCAGACCUUAAAGAACAGCUAUUAGUGAUGACACAGCAAGUUCUUAAAUCCUUGGAUGCUUUAACAGACUUUCUGUCAAUUCCUGGAGGUCUUGGGGACAAACAGAACCAGCUAAGGAUAUUACAGCAUGAAUGUAUAUCAUUUGAGCUGGUGAGGAUGGUUGGUCUGCUGCAUGAUGUGGAGUCAAAGAUCAGACCUAUACUUCAGAAUGAUGAACCGGAUGCUUUUAAGUGUUUAACAUUCCUGCAGAAAAGUUUGAAAACUGUCCAGUUGAUCAUCACUUCUUUCAGUAAUCCCUCCUCUGACCCUCUGGAUAUUAAAAGCCAACAUCAGGAACUAUUCUCCAACCAGCUUUGUUUUAUGGGGGAGAUUCAGUUGGGGCAUCAUGAAAUAAUCCCAUGUCAAAAGGAAGCUUCCAUGCUGGAGUGUUUGCUCGGAAGACAUGAAAGAGAGAGUUCAGUAGAAAAGGCCAUGUUACAGAGAGCAACUGGGUCCUUACUUCAUGGGAUAAGUAGCCUACUGGAUCUUGGUGAGCAAUCCAUGGCUGAGAGGCAGGCUAGACCUGUUCAAAACAUCACCCAAUUACACAGUGGUCUCCAUAGGGACGAGAAGUUCCAGCAAGUACUUGGAGCUCACCUGACAUUUAUACAACAUCUAUUCCAUCGAAAGCAAGAGGUACUCCAAGCUCAAGAAGAUGAGCAAGCACAGCUGGAUGUUCGGGGCAAAGCCUUGCUACAACAGAUGCUACAACAGGAAGUGGCAUCACAAUAUACACUCCAGGAGUGGACCCGCUGGGAGGAUAAUAGCAGUCGAUUUGGUAGACUGCUAGACAACCUUGAAGUCUGUGUCAGUAGAUCUGAAGCAGAGGGGGAGGAUGAAGAAGAGUCCCACAUACAGCAACGUCUACAUACUUGUCAGCAAACUUUGGUCGAAAUGGAAGUGAGCAGAGCUGCCCUGGGACUGCUUGUAGAUCAAACAUGUGGUUUGCAGACAGAUCCUACGUUUGCAACUUCAGUCAAACAGGCAGGUGGUGCUCUAGAGUUGCGAUGGCGACGCCUUCGCAGCCGCGUGGAAGAGAAGGUUCAGCACUGGAGUGACAUCUGGGAAAGAUGGGUCAGAUUCCAGACAGACUUUGCCUCUGUCAGUAAAUGGCUCCUUGACGCCAACAAACACCUGACAAUUUGGUCAGAACUGAGCACUGAUGCCUCACAUGUGAACCAGGAGAAUGUUUGCAAGGGUUUCAUCAAGCUUUUGGAUUUCUCUAUAGAGAUGGAAAGCAUGUCUGCCAUCAAGAAAUCUACCUCCAGAGAAGCCACUCAACUUCUUCAUCUGAGGGAAAUGGAAUGCCCUGGUCUGAGAGGGUGUCUCGCAGAACUAGAGGAUACCUGGUGCAAGGUCACCUCUGACCUAGCAAAUAUACAAGACCAGCUACAACAGAAGCUGCUGCUGAUGUGGCCACCGAUGCAACUGCUGGCUUACUUAGAAGAUUGGCUCACAAAACAGGAGGUCCAACUGGAGAAGGAGGGAGAAAAAGUCCACAAGGUCACAGAUGCUGCACAUAUCAUUAAAACCCUGCAGUGUUAUCAGGCAUUAAAGAUGUCUUUGGUCAAUGGACAGCCUCUUCUGGAAUUCCUCUCACAAACCCCUCGUAAAGUGAUGGGAGUGGAUGUCCAGACUCUUCGAGCGGAACGUAUAAUGUAUGCAGAGCAACUUGGUGCCCUCAGGCAACGGUGGAUUCACCUGCAGGGGUCGCUGGAGAGCCAGAUUCAUGGUGAUCAAGAGCUCUAUUACACUUGUAGUGCGAGAGAAAAACAGUUGAAGCAUCUCCGUCACUCAGUUGAACAACAGAAAAAGCAAAUUAAUCAGUGGAAAUAUCCUUCUAGUCAAACACAGAUUCAAAAAGUUCUGCAGGAGUGGGAGGCCGUUGUUGGAAGAAUAAAAGAUGUGGCUGCAGCUCUGCAGGGGGUAAAAACCACACGAGUUUUUGUCGAAAAGGAGCAUCCGUGUGAUGUCGCUUUUUGUGAGCAGGCAGAGACUGUCAGUCUUGCUUGUGAGGAUCUCAUUCAGCAGAUGCAAACUUUGGACCCUGUGUUACAACAAGUUGUCAAAGAAUGGUCCUGUCUAGACAGGAAUCUGCGGGAAGUUUCUCAGUAUACUAGCAGGGUUCUCUGCACCAUGAAGCUUAACAGAGAAAACUUGUUUUCACUGAAGUUGACAGAAGAGUAUCUGGAACUUCUGCAGCAACUCCAGGAGAUGUGUGAACAAGCGAAGAAACUUUGGACAGACAUCAGCAAAUCCUUUCAGAUUCUUUUGAAGACUCUUAAUGCUGAAGCAAGCCAGUCACUGAAUGAUCGGAUAGAACAAGAGAGAAAGCGGUGGGAGGACAUGAUGGAUAAAUUAAAGGAGGAACACCAGAAAACUGAUGAGACUCUUAUCCUCUGGCAGAAGUAUAAUCACGCCUUUGAUAACAGUUCUCUUCAACUGGAACACCUUUGGUGUCAGUUCUCCUCCUUUUCACCCCAACAGGAACCACAGACUACUGUCCAGCUCAUGGAGAAACUGCAGAAUUUGUCUGAGGAUCUACAAAAUAGCGUGGAAAAUGUGCUGGCCUUGUCAAAGCCUCUCAUUGGAUGUCUCAAACCACUGGCCCAAAAUGUUGUCCAGUCAGAGAGCAUGGAGCUGUCACUUGAAGUCCUCCUGCUGAACCAGGCGAUGUCAGACACAAAGAAAAGUUUUCAGGAAGAUUUGGAAAACGACACACUAUUUCACACGCAGCUGGAAGCCCUUGAGCAGCAGAUACAAAAUAUAGUGCAUGGGGAGAAAUCUAACAUGAAUGACAAAGACAUUGUGAAGCAAGAGCUUUUGAAACUAAUUGAACGGCUUCCAUCAGUGGUUGAUGUCAGCGAGAUGAGUGGCUGUGUGAUCCUUAACAAGGAGGAGAAAGACACACUGCACAAGCUCAGCAAAAAAUGGACCCACAGUGUGAAUCACAUGUCCUUUUUGUACAGAACUCUGCAGCGUGAACUUCAGCAGUCCCAAGACUUUCAUCUGAAGUGUCAGGAGCUAACAUUUAUUCUGGAGACGCUAGAGUCAGAACUUCCAGAGAGCUUCAACAUCCAAGAAAAACUUGCUGUCCAGCAGAGGCAUCAGAUUGAAGUGAUUACUGGACAAGAGCUUCUUCAAAGUCUGCUUUGCAAUGCAUUGAAGUCCGUGGAAGAGCAAACAAUAGAGGAAAAAUCUGAGCUGCUGACACAAGUGGUCCAACUGCGAAAGAGAUGGUUCAGGGCUUUGUCGCUGGCUGGUCAGCACCAGUCUAAAACUAGAGAACAGAUCCACCAGUGGAGGAUCUAUAAACAAGGCAUGAAGGUUCUGGGGAAGACACUGAAAACUGCUGAAACCCUGCUGUCCUCUGCUCAACCUUCACUCACUCUCUCCUCCGUCACAUCACAACGGCUUGCAGGUUGCUACCAGUGUCUUGAAAAAUCUCUGGAGCUCCACUCAUCCAUGCUCACAGAUACUUUAGAGGCUGGCAAAAAUUUGUGUGAGACUACGUCAGACUCACAAAGUCGGAGUCGAUUGGAGUCAGAUAUCCGGGCCAUAGAAGGGGCCUGGAAACACACUAACUCACUGGUCCUUAAAAGGAGAGCCCUGCUCAGCACCACUGUUCAGAACUGGUCACAAUGUCAAGAUGGGAUGAGUACCAUAAUGUGUGAGUUGGACAAGCUGAGGACCCAGUUGAAGUGGCAGCUGCCUGAGAAAAUGGAGGAGUCUGAGCAGGAGGAGCGCCUUCAGAAGACGGACCUCUCUCUGCGCCUGGUAGCUGGUGGAUUGAAAGACCUGGCCUCCAUGAAGACUGACCUGUCUCCAUACGUUGCGGCAGCGGAUUCUGCUCUGCUGGAGCAGCAGCUGGAACAACUUCACAUCCAGUGGGAAGAACUGUGUACCAAGGUAUCUUUGCGCAGGCAGGAAAUUGCUGACCACCUCAACGCCUGGACUAUAUUUAAUGACAAAAACAAAGAGUUCUGCGAUUGGCUUACCCAGAUUGAAAACAAGGUGUGCCAGAGCACGGAUCUCAGUAUUGAAGAAAUGGUGGAGAAGUUGAAAAAGGAUUGCAUGGAGGAAAUCAAUUUGUUCAGUGAGAACAAAAGCCACUUGAAGCAGCUGGGAGAGCAGCUGCUGUUGGCCAGUGACGAGGCCAAGCAGACCCAAGUGUUUUGCUCCCUGCAAGAGAUUAACCAGAGAUGGCACAACCUCUUCGGCCACAUCGAGACCAGAGUGACAAAGCUGAAAGAGACCUUGCUAAGAGUGCAGCAGUUGGACAAAAACAUGAGUAACCUCCGAUCAUGGCUUUCGCGUGUUGAGGCUGAACUGUCCAGACCCAUCACUUACAGCGUGUGUCAUCACCAGGAGAUCCAGAAGAGGCUUGCUGAGCAGCAGGAGCUGCAACGCGACAUCGAGCAGCAUACGGACGGCGUAACCUCUGUCCUGAACCUUUGCGACCUUUUGUUGAGGGACGAAGAUGCCGCUGCUGCCACUGAGAUGGAAAAUGACUCCCUGCAGGAAACCAGUCGUAGCCUGGACCAGCGCUGGAGGACCAUCCGUGUCAUGGCUCUAGACAGGCGACUUAGGAUUGAGGAAACAUGGAAACUUUGGUGCAAGUUUCUAGAGGACUAUUCACAGUUUGAGGACUGGCUCAAGAUGGCUGAGAAAACUGCUUCCAACCCUAAUACUGGAGAUGUUCUUUACACAGUCGCCAAGGAGGAGUUGAAGAAGUUUGAGGGUUUUCAAAGGCAGGUGCAUGAGCGCCUGACCCAGUUAGAACUCGUCAACAACCAGUACCGGCGUCUUGCAAGGGAGAAUCGUACGGAUCGCUCCAGCCAGCUUAAAGCUAUGGUCCACGAGGGCAACCGUCGCUGGGAUAUUCUGCACCGACGAGUGGCCGCUAUCCUUCGCAGGCUUAAGCAUUUCACUAGUCAGAGGGAAGAAUUUGAAGGCACUCGGGAGAGCAUGUUGGUGUGGCUGACGGAACUGGACUUGCAGCUUACCAACGUCGAACACUUUUCUGAGAGCGAUGUCCAUCACAAGAUACAGCAGCUUAGUAGUUUCCAGAAAGAGAUCAUCGUCAACACAGAGCGAAUUGACGGGCUGAUCGUGUUUGGUGAAAGUCUCAUCCAGAGGAGUUCACCUGAGGACGCUGCACUGAUAGAGGAAGAGCUGGAGGAGCUUCACUGCUACUGUCAGGAGGUUUUCAGCCGACUGGUUCGGUUCCAUCAACGUCUCAGCCAGCCCCCGAUUAUCGCUAAAGAACCGGAGUUCUCCGGCACCACUUUUUCCUUGGAGUCAAGCUUGGAACUGAUUGGAAGGCCAUGGCUAGGCCGGAGCCAAGGAAGCCUUCCGGCCACACCCUCCCACCUGCUGGCGUUUCCCCUGGAGCAUUCCGGGCGGGAGACACCUGUGAGCGUGGACUCACUGCCCUUAGAGUGGGACCACACCGGGGAUGUUGGAGGAUCAUCAUCACAUGAGGAUGAUGAGGAUGACGGUCGACACGAUGAAGAGGGAAUUUACUUCAGUGCAUUGUCAGGCAGGUCGAUGGCUGCCUAUGACUCACCAACAUGGCAACCAGCUGGAGAAGAACAAACUGAUGCGGGAAGCGACACUAGGACUAAUCCCACCCUCACCAGCACACCUGUAAAGCAGAGCUAUUUGCAUCAAAUGUCUCAGUGCAGUGAUGGCGUUGAAGAGAUUAAAAGAGUGUCUUUUAUGCUCAAUGAUGAGGAGCAGCCUGAGAUUUCUUUUAGCAACUGCGAAGGCUCGGACUUACAGUCAGGUGUGAUUGAACGCUGGGAGCUGCUCCAGGCUCAGUCCAGGAAUGAGCAAGACGCUGACCCCCGGAACCCACAAACUGUCACAUCUGACAUUGAUGAUGUCAUUUCCUGGUUAGACAAUAUUCAUCCGGUACUAGACCGCCUCCAGCAGGCGCAGUCAACUCACAGGAUUGUUGACAUGGCAACCAGAGCUAAAGAGAUGAAGGAGAUGCAGAAGAUGUUUACACGCUACAAGCCUAUAAUGCUGUCUGCCAACCUGCGUGCUCUUGAAGUCCCAGAAGAGCAGGAAAAACUCAUUGAUUUGAACCGAGCCUGGAGUCGAGCUUCUACGCAGCUUCACCAGUGGGAGACUGGUUUGAGAAGGACUCUGAUGCGCUGCGAGGAGUUUCAUGAGAGCCUCCAUUCUCUGUUGCUGUGGUUGGCGCACGCCGAGAACAGACGCUUAGCAGUGGACAUCAGGGACCCCGAGACACCUGUCCAAAUUCUCAAACAACACCAUAACUCCCUCACUGUGCUGCGAGAGGAGUUACUAGAGAGGCAGACCCAGCAGGCCUCGCUCCAAACUUUGUGGUCUCAACUGCAGCCGGAUGACUGGGAUGAAGGAAGUGACGAGGCCCAGGAGAAGAUCCAUGUGACGGGCACCAAACUCAAGUUACUUUUGAGUGAUGUGACACAGGAUUUGAGCACCCUGCAACAGUGUCUGGAUUUCAGAGGUCAAGAUAUCCCUACGGAUUCUUUUCAGAAGGUCACACAAACAGUGACAUCUCUCACUAAAAGAGAGAGCGGACACUCAGCUCCAUCUCGGCCCUUCUUCCAUCGGGUCCUGCGAGCUGCUUUCCCGUUUCAUCUCCUCUUCUUGUUCCUGCUGCUCCUCACGUGUUUGGUCCCUCAUUCGGACAGAGACUCAAACUGUACUGUUGUCAACAACUUUGCCCGAUCUUUUCAUCCCAUGUUACACUACACAAACGGACCCCCGCCCACCUGAUUAUAAGGUGAACUUCAGGGCCAUGACACUUUUUUGGAAUCAACUUUUUCUACACUGGCACCUGUAAUUUACUGUAAUUGGCAUCAGAGUGAUGAAGUAGUAAUUUUCCCAAACAAAAGCAUCCAAAGCCUACAUAUAAUAUUUGUUUGUAUUUAUUCUACAAAGACAUCCUUAGUAACAAUAGAUUCACAAGUACCGUAAUUUUCGGACUAUAAGGCACAGCUGACUAUAAGCCGCCACCCACCGAAUUUGACACGAAAAUGGCAUUUGCUCAUAGAUAGGCCGCACCAUACAAUAAGGCGCAGUGCUGUCCCCACUGUACUAUGGGAUAUUUACACCAAAAGAUAUUAACAGGUAACACUUUAUUUGACAGCGGCAUCAUAAGAUUGUCAUAAGACCAAAUGACCCACCAUGAAGCUUUGAACCAAUUGGCUGCAACGCUUCUUUGCUUCAAGAAGCUUAAUUUAGCCAUCACUGUUCCCUUGGGGGAGACAGUCAACAACUGCUGCCACCUGCUGUUCACAUUGUUGUCGUCCAACAUGCCUCCUAGCAUGCACUGCAGUGCUACGGAUGUAAAAAACAAUGAAAAUUCAUGUUCUGUGCUAAUUAUUUCUUCAGUUACUCUUCUAGUUGUUUCAUUAAUUGCUAGUUAUGGUAUUUGGCAACACUUUAUUUGACAGCAACAUCAUAAGAUUGUCAUAAGACCAAAUGAAACAACAUGAAGGUUUGAACCAAUUCACUGCAAAGCUUCAUUGCUUUUAAAAGCUUCAUUUAGCCAUCAAGGCUCCCUUAAGGGAGACAGUCAACCUCUGCUGCCACCUGCUGUCAACAUUGUUGUCGCGCAACAUGCCUCCUAGCAUGCAUUGCAGCGCUACAGAUGUAAGUAACAAUCAAAUUUAUGUUCUGUGCUAAUUAUUUCUUCAGUUACCCUUCCAGCUGUUUCAUUAAUUGCUAGUUAUGGUAUUUGAUAACACUUAAUUUGAUAGCAACAUCAUAAGAUUGUCAUAAGACCAAAUGAACCACCAUGAAGCUUUGAACCAAUUGGUUGCAAAGCUUCAUUGCUUCAAGAAGCUUCAUUUGGCCAUCACUGCUCCUUUGGGGGCGACAGUCAACCUCUGCUGCUACCUGCUGUCAAUAUUGUGGUCAUCCAACAUGCCUCCUAUGAUGCAUUGCUGUGCUACAGAUGUAAAUUACAAUCAAAAUUCAUGUUCUGUAAGUCAUGUUAUUUCAGUAAGGAAAAUAGAAAAGGAGAGAGAGACAGAAGAGAAGGAAAAACAACAAGAAAUACAUUCAACGCCUAGGCUAACUACAGUAUGUACAUAGUAGUGAUUAAUGACAUCUGUCAUAAGCAUUAAUUAAUGCCCAUGACAGUGUCAUGUCAUAAUUAUGACAGUCUUAAGAUGCCGCUGUUAAAUAAAUCAACAAAUAAGCUGCACUGGACUAUAAGUCGCAGGAAUCAAAAUGAGGGGGAAAAAUAGCGCCUUAUAGUCUAAAAAUUACAGUUCAGUAUUAGGGUACCUGCCACAAAAAGGAACUGAAAAGAGAUAUUUUUUUUCGACACCCUGGCACUGCGACCAUUGGAAAAGAAACUUGUUUUUCAAGGUUGCCUGGGCUUGGGUAUAAUGUAUGGCUCCCAACAUCAUUUUCAUGGUCAAAGUUCUUUGUCAGAUUCUUAUUGUAUUUUUAGCAAGGUAAGUAGUUCAUUUUGGCUGUUAUAUUUAAUUUGACAUAAGUUUAAAGUUUAAAGCAUAGCCGAGUUAGCACAUUUUUAUACUGUACAGAUAUCUAAUUUAUCAUCAUUUCCGAUGGGUUAUUGUUUUGCGUUUCUAAUCAUUAUUUGCUAUGGCUAUAUUUUUGGGGUAAAUUAAACUUUAAAGGCUGAAAAAAUAUAUGCUCUGUAUGGUCAGAGGGGGUAUUUAACAACUGAUUGUUUAUUAUUGUGACUGUAAUUUUCAGUAUUAGGGAUGUGAUACAGGAAGAAAAAAAACCUAAUUGGUCUCAUACUGUGCAAGUGUACCUAAUGUUGAUUCUGCAUGGUGUUAUCACAACCAUGUUUCUGCAUGAUGAACCACAAAAACACUCUGGAAAAAUAUGUUGUUACACGUUUGGAUGCUUAGAAUUAAAUCAUAUUUUGCCAAGGGCACAAUCA